UUCUCAAGUAAAAUUUACCUGCUUCUUACUUGUUAAUCGGUCUGGAUCGGUUUUGAGGCAAAAACUCAUUCGUACCAGCGUCUCUCAAAUGUCGCCCGGAGGCCUUCCUGAAGAACUUAUCACAGAAGUCUUAUCAGUCCUUCCUGUGAAAUCUAUUUUACGAUUCAAAUGCGUCUGCAAGCCAUGGGAAUUUCUCAUCUCUGAUCCUUUUUUCGUCGAAAAGCAUCGUCAUCAAUCACAAAAACGAAACAAGCAUCUCGCGCUGAUCGUGUGCAGGCCUUUCACGCGUAGUGCUGAAUAUUAUUAUGACAGGGACUGUUCUGUCGUACCAUUUCCCCUCAACAGAUUACUACUUAAUCCAUCCAUAACCAUUCCCAUCCUUCCUCAUCACCGAUUGCGAUAUAAGCGCUGUUUCCGAGUCAUCGGUUCCAUCAAUGGAUUGAUCUGUUUGUUUAAUUCUUAUAGAACUCGCAGCGGUCCAUAUGGUCCGUAUCAUCGAAACACCUGGUUCCGUUUGUGGAACCCGGCCACCAAGACAAUAUCUCAAAAAUUAGGCUCAAUUAUCCAUCCCUCUAUCCAUCCAUAUUAUUCUGGAGAAGAUCGAUCUAACUAUCUCAGGUUUGCAUUUGGUUAUGAUAAAUCAACAGACACUUACAAAGUAGUGGCAUUCUGUCCUAACGAGGUGAAAAUUUUCAGUUUUGGUGAUAAUGUUUGGAAAACUAUUCAAUGUUUCCCUGUAAUUCCUUUAUAUCAUGUGGUUGUGGUUCGCCAUCAACACCAGCGUGUCAACGAAGGUGUGUAUUUGAGUGGCACUAUUAAUUGGUUGGCCAUUUUAAAUUGUGAAUACUUUUGCACAUACAUCGAAGAUCUAGAUGUUCCAAAAAUGGAUCAAUUUGUGAUUAUCUCGCUCAACCUGAACAAGGAGACAUACCGUCGGUUGCUUCCCCCGUGUAUAGAGGAUGUCCCGUAUAUUUUGCCAACUAUAAGUGUGUUGAGGGACCGUCUUUGUUUUUCCUACCAUAUUGAGACUACUCAUUUUUCUAUAUGGAUGAUGAUGGAAUUCGGAGUCCAAGAGUCUUGGACUCAAUUUCUUACUAUUAGUUAUGUGGAUCUUCAAAUUGAUUAUGAAUCCCGUCGAUAUGGUUAUGAUUAUCUACUCUAUCCACUGUGCCUUUCUGAGGAUGAUGACACAAUAAUACUAUCAAAUAGUCACGAAGAGCAGGCCUUUCUCUAUAAUUGGAGAGAAAAUAGAGUAGAGAAAACUAGAAUUACCAACAGUGUAUUGUGGAUGUUUUCUCCUACCUAUAUCGAAAGCUUGGUUUCCACUGGUGGUUGAAAGACGGAAACCCCAAUUUCAAGCCCAUUAGACGUUGUUGAUGGUUGCAUGCAAUAUGGUAAGAAGAAAGGGAAAAAAAAAAAGAGAGAAAUAUGCCGGAAUUUAUAGUCCUCUUGAUGUUUCUUUUGAGACCUUUGCAGAAAUUUAGUGAAUUUGUCACUAACUAUGUGUAAGGAUGCAAAACUCUGUAAUAGAUAUUCUUGCAGUUGCAUAAGUUUAAUUAUAUGUUUGUUUCUCACCCUUGUGUUUGAUAGAGACCCGAGUAUGAGUUAAAUAGGAAAAAGAGCUAUUAUUGUAAUAAAGAGUGUGGUGAGGUUAUAUGGUACAUAAUGAGUGGGGUAGGCUGCUUAGUUGGCAAGUUUGUUAUGCCUCUUAGCAGUAUAUAGAGUGAGGUGAGGGAGUGUGGGGAUUAUCAUGGAAGAAUAUAGUUUGUUAUGAACAGUUGGCUUCAAGCCUCUGUAGGAGCUAUGCUCUGUGGGCAUUAGGAUAUUCAUCCUCUUGCAUUUACCUUUCCUCUUGCAUUUACCUUUCAGUUUUAGAAAUAAUACACUAUUUUUCAUAUUUGUGCAUUUUAAUCCAUUUCUUAUAUAUUCUCUAAGUUGCGGAUUUUCGGGUUCGCAACAAUGGUCCGACCUGCCGGAUCCGACGGAGAGCCAGUGAUAUCUACGAAGGUGGUUCCUAGAUUCGACGGAACAGAAGAUGGUUAUUGGUGGCUGAUCCAAUUAGAUCGGUAUUUUGAGGCUAACACUUGGCUUUGUGAAGGAAGAAAGGUGGGAUGGGUGACUGCAUUUGGGUUGUGUGGUAAUGCUUUUACCUGGUGGCUUUCUUGGAAGAAAGGUAAACAGGAUGUCACAUGGCAGAAUUUUGAAAGGGCUUUCAUUAUGAAAUUCAUCCCAGAUCUGUGGGAGAUGAUGGAUCCUGCAGAAGUUGAGGAGGAAGAAAACCAUGAUUAUGUUUUGAAUAAGACUGCAGAGAGCAAUUCAAUGCCAAAGGGUGCCGAGAAUCAAUCUGUGCUAGAUGUGAUGAACAACACUGGAGAAAUUACGUCUUGCAAUGAAUUACGACCAAGGUUAACACCUCAGUCAGAAAAGAUCGCAGAGAUGGUAACGGAGAAGAAAGAAGUGAAUGAGGUACAAAGAGGAAAGAAUCAGGUGUUUGUGUUUAAGCCUCCUCUGUCGCCGGAACCGACGGACUUGGGUUCACCAAUUAAGACUUUACUUGAACCAAAGCCACCUGAACUACUCCCGCUGGAAUUAAGUCCGUCAGAUUCGCGAUACUCUGAUCAACUCACGACAACACAUCCACGGGGAGAACCGCCACCCAAACCCUCAGAUGGGUCGAUUCUGGUUGGAGGCAUAUGUGAGACAAUUCUUCCUCAAUCGGAAUAUUCAAUCAUAGUUCACCGUGUAAUAACGAUGAAGUCACUGCAGAACGAGUUAGAACGGGUGCGUGUAAUAGAAGAUCCGACCCGAAUGAAAGAGGGAGAUAUAAGGGCAAAUCUGUCAUUUUGUAAGUUAGGUCAAGACUUAAACAUAAUGGGCCUGGUCCAAUUAGAUGAGGUCAUAUCACUACUGGGCCCAAUUGCAAUGGGUUGUAACCAAGGGAAAUCCUAUAGAAUCUACACAAAGAGGCACAUAACGCAGAAACCUGUGUAUUUGGAUUCCAAUCCUCUGUUACGACAAUCCAAACCACCGCCACUGCCAAUUCUUCAUGUUAAGAAUGUAAAGUGGCUCACACCCAGUUUGGAUUUGACAAGCGAGAUGUUAUUUUUGAUGGGGGUACAUAUCAUAAAAAUAAAAAAUGGUUAUGUGUGUUGUUUUUCACACUUACAAAACGCAGAGCUAGUGACUAAGCAACGAGAAGGUUCGACUUCCGCUAAGCAGUAUUUUCCCCAAUCCAUUGCUCCAAAUAUUAAUCAUGAAGGCAGUGGGAUGAGCUCUCUUAUUUUCACAAAUGGGUUACAGAGGAGUCUCGGGAAGGAACUCGUAGAAUUUUUGGGAAGAGGAGCAUCAUGGGUUCUAAAACUGAAGAUUAGCAAGAAAGAGAAACAGAAGACUUAUGUGGCUACAAGGACAAGGGCGAUAUCCAGGUAUGAGAGUAGUAAAUCAGUACAUGUUGCUACAAGAAAAACACUUGAUAAUUUUGGUCAAAGUGCAAAUGAUGUCCCUUUGGAACUCGAUGAACAUGAGCCAGAAUUUCUUCUUCUCAUAAAUGUAGAGUCUCCCUUCAUGGAGAAGUCUCUAAUAGCUGCAGACCAUACACCUAAAAGGGUUAAGACUGAUAAGAAUAUGCUUUCCUAUAAUAUCCUGAGAAUAAAAUCAUUGACCAACAUAUUACUUGAUAUUGAGAAGGAAAUACAAGCAUUGGGUGUUGAGCUAGUCUUAAUUGACUCAAUACUUGCAGCUUCAAGGAAAGAGACAAGUACACCUACUGAUUGUGCUUUGAUAAAGCCAUCAAGACACCACAUGUUUGGAAAUGUAGCACUUGCAGUAUGUUAUGUUCUGGGUAUUCAUAGGUUUGCAAUGGAACUAGAUGGGUAUGAUCAAGGAUUGGUAACAAGUACAAGGUCUAUUAUUGUGGUCAAUUACAUGGUGCCUAAACCAAUUUUGGUCAGUAUUGACCCACUUCAAGUUCUUGAGGCAAUCAAAAGAAUUUUGGGUUGUAUAUAUCCUUUGGUUUCCAGAAUUUUGUCUUAUAUGGGACCUGUUUUAAAUAAAUCUAUAGAGAGGAAUGAUGGUUUUACAAGGGGGCCAUUAGGUUUGGCAAUUAUGUCGUUGUAUUACGUUGUACCGAUCCGACAAUGGGAUCCAGGAGAGUUCAAUUUUCCUAUGGCAGCUACAACUUGUGACUACUGUUGGAACGGUUUGCUCAACUUUGUAUUUGAUAGAGGCAAGUUUGAUGGAUGCAAAUUUCAACCUUGGGGACAAGGUUGUUUUGAAGGGGUGGGUAUUGAUAGAGACCCGAGUAUGAGUUAAAUAGGAAAAAGAGCUAUUAUUGUAAUAAAGAGUGUGGUGAGGUUAUAUGGUAAAUAAUGAGUGGGGUAGGCUGCUUAGUUGGCAAGUUUGUUAUGCCUCUUAGCAGUAUAUAGAGUGAGGUGAGGGAGUGUGGGGAUUAUUAUGGAAGAAUAUAGUUUGUUAUGAACAGUUGGCUUCAAGCCUCUGUAGGAGCUAUGCUCUGUGGGCAUUAGGAUAUUCAUCCUCUUGCAUUUACCUUUCCUCUUGCAUUUACCUUUCAGUUUUAGAAAUAAUACACUAUUUUUCAUAUUUGUGCAUUUUAAUCCAUUUCUUCUAUAUUCUCUAAGUUGCGGAUUUUCGGGUUCGCAAC